CGAAUGCAAGGCCCUCUCUUCCUUUGAGAUGACACUUGAAUAAAUUUAACUCCCCACCUUUUCCUCCAUUACCUUCCAAACCACCACUUUCUAUACCAAACCUUAAAGAACACACUCUCCACCUACCUUCAGUAAUGGAGACACCAAAAUUGAUGUCAUUACUUCGGCACACCGCCGAAGGCCGUCGAACCAAGAUGGGCGGCAGGGGGAUAUUUCGGAUGCUCAAACUGUUUCCCAUGCUCACAUCCGGCUGCAAGAUGGUUGCCCUCUUAGGCCGGCCAAGCAAAAGAUCACUACUCUCUGACAAAGCUACAACCAUCACAUUAUUUGGAUACAGGAAAGGAAGGGUGAGCUUGGCCAUACAAGAAGACCCCAUGUCUCCACCCACCUUUCUUAUAGAGCUCCCCAUGCUCACAAGCUCUCUCCACAAAGAAAUGGCAUCUGGAUUGGUGAAGAUUGCGCUUGAGAGCGAGACAAGGACUCAAAAGAAGAAGCUCAUCGAGGAAUACCUUUGGGCUGUUUACUGCAAUGGCCGGAAGUCGGGUUAUUCGAUAAGGAGGAAGCAGAUCUCCGACGACGAGGGACAUGUCAUGCAAAUUCUGAGGGGUGUCUCCAUGGGUGCAGGCGUUUUGCCAUGCGACAAGGAGACGAAGGAGGGGGAGAUGACAUACUUGAGAGCUCGGUUCGAGAGGGUGGUGGGAUCGAAGGACUCGGAAGCUUUGUAUAUGAUCAACCCCGACGGCGCCGGCGGGCCGGAGUUGAGCAUCUUUCUUGUGAGGGUGAAGUAAAUUAUGUUUGGACUCUAUGCUUCUUGUGCCAUAUACUCUCCCGGUAUAUAUAUGAACUUUGAUAAGUUCUCAUUUGUCAUUGAUAUUGCAGUGGUGGUGGGAAUUGUUGAGAGCAAGUAGAAAAUACUUCUUUUUUCCAAUGAUAUGAUGAUUUUACUUAAAAGGCAGUUUGUGAUCAAACUGAUAGGAGUCUGCAGAGAAGUUAGGCAUGGUAAGGUUAGUCCUCUGUGCAUCCAUGAUCUGAAGGCAAUUUCAGUUCCUAGUGUGUUAUAGGUUUUGUAUCUUUCAUAUAUGCAUGUGCGGAAGUACCUUCUUGCACUGAAAUUUUGAUUUUCUUCAGAAAAUUAAUGCUGUACCACCUGAGCUAUG